AUGAGCUCGGCCAGCUUGCACGCUCGCACCCCCUCGGAAGCGCGGCUGUUCAACCUGGGCUGGAAGGAUCUUCAGGAACGACGGUCGGGAACGAGCGGAACGAGCCGGUGUUCGAGCUCGGGAUCCCCGUCCCAAUCACCCCACGAGUACGACAGCGACAGUGAGGAGGACCAAGAGCGCGACUUCCCCAUGUUGACUCCGUCGAUCAUUGAGGAAGAGGAGGACGCUUUCGCUCGAGCGGCGGCCAAGGCGCUGCAGCAGCUUCAGUCCGGCGGAGUCGUCCCGGCAGGAGGCGCGCCACGAGCGAUCUUGCGCCCGUCACUACAUUCGCAAAGCUUGCUCGGACCGGACUACAGCCUCGACUUUGUGCACAAGCGCCACGACGUCGACUGGUGCUCGCAACAGCAUUUGCCCCAAGCCUCGUCGCCCUAUACGAAUGCAUCGGCGUCGGACGGCGGAUAUUGGUCACCGGCUUCUCUGAGCUCUUUCGGAUCGUCGUCGUCGGGCGGGUCGUACUCGUCCAUCUCGUCGCGCGAAGGCGAAGACGGCGUCGAUGACUACAUUUUCUCCAAGUCUUGCUCGGCCGAGGCUACAACUCCUUCGUCGGUCUCAUCCCUGGCCGCUCGUCGAGGCCGACCAAUGCGGAUCAAGCUUCCACCUCGCCCGAACUCGUUCGGCUCCAUCUCGCCUCCGGCCGCGGAGAGACCCGAAGCGACGCGCAACUUUGACUCUUUGCACCGCCCCGUCGGCGUCUCGGGACUGACCAACAACUUUUCUGGCAUCUCGUUGCGUUGCGACAAGAACGAGUUCGAGUCCGACCUCGAUCGACCGCUGCGAUUCAAGAGUCGUUCGCCGAGCAAACACGGUUUCGCCUUUUGA